UUCGCGUUAGAGGGCACUACUGUACAGGAAGGGUGUUGUGUUUCGGAGAGAUUUGUUAAUAUUUGUUAUCAAAAGAGAUCACAAUGCCAGCAUACCAUUCAAGCCUGACGUCUACGCUUAAGGUAGGUAACAUGGCCAUGCUGCCUCUCAAGACACAGUUCAAGGGUCCGGCACCUAAAGAAGCUGGUGACUCGGAUAUCAUUGAUGAGGCUAUCUACUUCUUCAAAGCAAAUGUCUUCUUCAGAAAUUAUGAAAUAAAGAGUGAAGCAGAUAGGACCCUUAUUUAUAUAACACUUUACAUCACAGAGACUUUAAAGAAGUUGCAGAAGUGCGGCUCCAAGAAUCAGGCGCUCAAGGAGAUGCACACACUCGCUCUGCAGCGCUUCGACAUUCCAGGCGAGGCUGGAUUCCCGCUUAACGGAAUAUUUGCUCGACCCGCUGACCGCAAUGAAGAAGAGACGAUGCGUCUGUACAUCCUACAGAUCCGACAAGAAACGGGCGUGAGGGUGUCCGAGAAAGUCUUUGAUCCUGUUACGGACAAACCUACCAAGUGGUGGCUGUGCUUUGCAAAGAGACGCUUCAUGGAUAAGGCACUAACGAUGCCUGGAAACAGCUACUGAGCACAAUUUACAUGUAUCCGGCAAUCAAGAUUGGGUGCGAGUUAGUCGAGUUGUUACGCAGAUGCAGUGUCCAAACAGGGAGGCUACUCUAUGCUUGCAUUGUAAAUGCUUACUUACUUGAUUUGCUAUAAUGUUGUCUGACGAGCGAACCUACAUGUAAAAUCAUGAUAUUGACAGCUAUUACAAAUUGAAUCCCAAAAUGCCAAAAGAAACGAAAUUUAAAUAUAUGUAUUCACUGAUCAUAUGCUUUACAGAUACAGCGACCACAUUAGUUAAUGGAAGAUCCAUCAUAGCUUUGUUGUAUAAUUUUAUAAUGGAAUAAAUCCAAUUUUGUAAUGAUAUUUCAA